GAAGCAUGUAAGCUGCUCUGGCCUGGCCUUAACCUGGGGUUUCUGGGAGCUGGGCCAGCUGUCUGUGCACCCAUGCAGGUGCAGGGUAUCUGCAGCAGCUGCCAGGGGCUUCCAGAUGCCCCAGCUUUGGCCCCUGAGACAUUUUCUCUCUGGCUCUGGGAUAGCCUUGUCCUGAAGCCCUCUGAUUCUGGUGGAGAGUGGGGGUGGGGGAGGAAGCCCUUGCAGUCUUAGGGGACAGACCAUCAGGCUGUUUCAUGGCACCUGCCUAAGACCCUGGUCUCUCCUCCAUUUCUCCUCUGGCACCUAGAACCAAGUCACCCUGAGCCAGCGCCAGAGUUCCUGCCCACUCAUGAGUAGGGCAGCAUACUCAGGAGAUACUGUUGCAGCUGGACAUGGACUUGUAUGUAAACACAAGCGCACAUAUGUGGGGAGGGGUGUGGAAUAUCAGGAUGGGGGCAACAUGAGAGUGACCCAGGAUGGGCAGUAGUCAACUUGGGGUAGGAGUAGGGGAUGCUCACAGAGGCCUCUCCUCUACAAUGGGGUGGCCCAGUCACCAUCCAGACCUUGCCAGGUCUAGUGCCCCGUGGUCCCCACCCUGCUGCCUGCUCAGCCUGGCGGCAUUCCUUUACAGCCUCCUGCCAACAGAGCCAGCCCCCUGCCCCCACGGGUGUCCAUGCCAGAGCAGCAUUCCGCAAGCCUGGCUGCAUCUCCCCAGCAGAGGCUGAGCAGGGGGAGCCACUCAGCAGUGGUCAAGUCACACGGCUAGAGGGGCACAGUGGGGCCUGAGCCUCUGGCCCCUACUCCUCUGGUCCCUCUGUCUCCUGGUCCUGGGCCAGUCACCUUAGAGGACUUGAUCGCUGCAGUUGUAGUCCUGGGUUUUAAAUCUCCUGCCCUGGGUGGCCCUAUGCAGCAUGAGGCCACCAGUUGCUGGUUGAGAAGACAACUGACUCCCCGGCGGCCGAGUUCUCGCUGGUGGAGGAUGUGGCGCUGCACUUUGCCUGCUUGAUGGGCCGCCUGAAUGAGCAGCGCCUCUUCCAGCCUGACCUCUGUGACGUGGACUUGGUGCUGGUGCCCCAGCGCAGCGUCUUUCCAGCACACAAGGGUGUGCUAGCCGCCUACAGCCAGUUCUUCCACUCACUCUUCACCCAAAACAAGCAGCUGCAGCGUGUGGAGCUGUCCCUGGAGGCGCUGGCACCUGGUGGCCUGCAGCAGAUCCUCAACUUCAUCUAUACGUCCAAGCUGCUGGUCAACGCGGCCAACGUCCACGAGGUGCUCAGCGCCGCCUCCUUGCUGCAGAUGGCCGACAUCGCUGCGUCCUGCCAAGAGCUGCUGGACGCCCGCUCUCUAGGCCCACCAGGUCCGGGCACUGUGGCCCUGGCCCAGCCGGCUGCCAGCUGCACUCCAGCUGCACCGCCCUACUACUGUGACAUCAAGCAGGAGGCCGACACCCCAGGCCUGCCUAAGAUCUACGCCCGCGAGGGCCCUGACCCUUACUCGGUGCGUGUUGAGGACGGGGCAGGGACUGCUGGUGGCACCGUGCCUGCCACCAUUGGGCCAGCCCAGCCCUUCUUUAAGGAGGAGAAGGAGGGUGGUGUCGAGGAGGCCGGUGGGCCCCCGGCCGGCUUGUGCAAGCUGGAGGGUGGAGAAGAGUUGGAGGAAGAGCUUGGGGGUUCUGGCACCUACAGCCGCAGGGAGCAGUCCCAGAUCAUCGUGGAGGUGAACCUCAACAACCAGACACUGCACGUGUCCACAGGGCCAGAGGGGAAGCCAGGUGCCGGGCCAAGCCCGGCCACCAUGGUUCUGGGCCGGGAGGACGGGCUGCAGAGACACUCGGACGACGAGGAGGAGGACGAGGAGGAGGAGGAGGAGGAAGAGGAGGAAGAGGAAGGUGGUGGCAGUGGACAGGAGGAGGAGGAGGAGGAGGAAGAGGGUGGCAGUCAGGGAGAAGAGGAAGAGGAGGAGGAGGAAGGGCACAGUGAGCAGGAGGAGGAAGAAGAGGAGGAGGAGGAGGAAGGGCCCAGUGAGCAGGAUCAAGAGAGCUCUGAGGAGGAGGAGGGGGAGGAGGGGGAGGCUGGGGGCAAGCAGGGGCCACGGGGAAGCCGAGGCAGCCAGGCAGACCCCCCUCCCCACAGUCACAUGGCCACACGGUCCCGGGAGAAUGCCCGGCGCCGGAGCACCCCUGAACCUGAGGAAGCUGGGCGGCGGGGUGGGAAACGGCUGAAGCCACCCCCUGGAGUGGCCUCUGCAUCAGCCCGAGGGCCGCCAGCCACUGAUGGGCUGGGGGCCAAGGUGAAGCUGGAGGAGAAGCAGCACCAUCCAUGCCAGAAGUGCCCACGAGUUUUCAACAACCGCUGGUACCUGGAGAAACACAUGAAUGUGACCCACAGCCGCAUGCAGAUCUGCGACCAGUGCGGCAAGCGCUUCCUGCUGGAGAGCGAGCUGCUGCUGCACAGGCAGACAGACUGCGAGCGCAACAUCCAGUGUGUGACGUGCGGCAAAGCUUUCAAGAAGCUUUGGUCCCUCCAUGAGCAUAACAAGAUCGUGCACGGCUACGCUGAGAAGAAGUUCUCAUGCGAGAUCUGUGAGAAGAAGUUCUACACCAUGGCCCACGUGCGUAAGCACAUGGUUGCCCACACCAAGGACAUGCCCUUCACCUGCGAGACCUGUGGAAAGUCCUUCAAGCGCAGCAUGUCCCUCAAGGUGCACUCCCUGCAGCACUCAGGGGAGAAGCCGUUCAGAUGUGAGAACUGCAAUGAGCGCUUCCAGUACAAGUACCAGCUGCGGUCACACAUGAGCAUCCACAUUGGCCACAAGCAGUUCAUGUGCCAGUGGUGCGGCAAGGACUUCAACAUGAAGCAGUACUUCGAUGAGCACAUGAAGACCCACACAGGAGAGAAGCCGUACAUCUGCGAGAUCUGUGGCAAGAGCUUCACCAGCCGACCCAACAUGAAGCGGCACCGGCGCACGCACACGGGCGAGAAACCGUACCCAUGCGACGUGUGUGGCCAGCGCUUCCGCUUCUCCAACAUGCUCAAGGCCCACAAGGAGAAGUGCUUCCGCGUCAGCCACCCCCUGGCCGGCGACGGCACCUCCGCUGCCCCAGGCCUGCCCCCAACCCAGCCCCAGGCGCACGCACUGCCCCUGCUCCCGGGGCUGCCCCAGACCCUGCCGCCCCCGCCCCACCUGCCGCCCCCGCCUCCGCUCUUCCCCACCACUGCCGGCACGGGCGGGAGGAUGAACGCCAACAACUAGCUGCCGAGCUGCACCCGUGCACCCGCUGGGGCCUGGAGCCAGGGCCCACUCCAGGAGGGACCCACUGCCUUUCCGGGGAGCACAGCAGUGCUGGCCUGGGCCCUGCUCCACGUCCAGAAGUGGCUGGAUGUGCCCUGCCUGAGGCCCCGACCAUGAGGGGUGUGUAGGCUGGCGGCCCCCAGAGCUGGUGGAGGGCACCUCACUACCAAGUGCCCCCACUUUCUGUGACUCCUUGAAGCCUUUACUAUUUUUUUUUUUUUUGGAAGUGAAGGAAAAAGAAACUAUUUGCAGCACCUGCCUCCAGGUGAGGGGGGUGCUGGGGGUCUGCAGCAGAAAGAAAGGGGCCUGGGCAGCAGGUGUGGCCAGUCCCUCUGCCAAGGCCUGCACCAGAGGGGUUGGCCAGGUGGAGCCUGGGUCAGCCUCAGCAGCCUAUCCCCAUGUCCCCUAUGCCCCUAAUUUGCUUCCUCAUCUUGGAGGGUUUGGGGAGAAGUUGGUGUGCCACCCCCGCAAACCCUUGAGGAGUUGUAGACCCAGUCUGAGGGUCACAAGCACUGAAGCAGGGCCUGAGACUGGACCCGGGUGAGCGUGGGGAGUGGGGGGUGGCGAGGUGCGAAGACUGCAGACCAGUGCUGCACUGUGUGGAGCAGGGCAGGCAGGGGCUGGACCCCAGGGACUUGCCUUCCCCACUCACUCUGCUGCCAGCAGGCCCAGGGAUCCCUGACCUGCACCAGGUGGCACCAAGGGUCCUGAGUCCCAGAGAUGUCCCCAGAAGCUGCUGUGCCUCACAGCACUGUGAGCCAGACCCUGGGUGGGCAGACAGACUGACUGGCAGCACCAGCUUCGGGGGCAGAGUUCUAGGAUGAGGCUUGGACAGUGUUGGUAGGGUUUCAAGGUGCUAUUAGUGGGGCAGGGGCAGGGUGGCUACUCACAGAGCACCGCAGUUCCUCACCAGCUACUCUGGCCAUAUAUCCCACACCAGAAGGAACAAGUGUGGCGGUGUCCAUCUCUGCUCCCCCAAAGGCCUGCUCUAGGCCUUAUCCUCCCUCUAGACCCUGCCACAACCUGUCCCUGGCUGGCUCCAGCAUCCUCGUCCCUCCUGGGCCUCUGCACCAGUGGGUGGGCCGCCCAUAGCACUGCUGGUAAAGGAGCCUGCAUGUUCAGGCCCCUCGGGGGACUGGGGGGACUGGGGAGGCACAGCGUAGACCCAAUUGCUUGCCCCCAUGAGGCUAGCACUAAUAGGAAACCCUUUUUUGUUGUCAUUUAGUGUCUUUAUUCCUGCCUUUAAUAUGGGGAGGAAGGUUCCAUAAGCUACAUGUUUCCUAGUUAAGCUCUUUCCUAUUGUGUUUAUACAAUUUUGUUUGUUAUACUCUUUGCACCUUAAACCCCCACCACUCCCCGAUACUAUUGCCUUCCCAGCAUGGCUGGAGUGGGAAGAGGCUUUGGCCCCGGGGGAAUGGUUAGGGGGAUUGAACCCCUCUGACCUCCUUGUGAGGCCCAUGGCGCUGGGGCAGGGAGCUGGGGACAUUUUAAUCAUCAAUAAACGAAGCACUUUAUUCUGUACAGAUUUGGGCAGGCCUAAGGUGCCCGAGUGAUCUGAGGAUUUAUAAUCCAAGCCACACCACCCUGGUUGUUCUCUGGGCUUGGAGGGGACAGUGCCAGCAGCUUCCCUGCCCAAUUGAUGUUGGAGCUGUAGACAUACACUCGGGCGCCCCUGCUGUCCUAGGGGAGAGAAGGUUCACCCCUCCCCAAGGAGGAAGGCUUCCGGUCAGGGCCCCCACCCCAAGGCUGGGGACUCCAGGCCCCUGCUUUACUGUAGCUCUUUUUCUUCCUUGCACUCCUUGAUCUUUGGGCUUCCGUGAUGUCCUCAGGGUCCCCCCACCUCCCUCCCCGUUGCUAUUUCUAACCUCUGGUCCCAGUGCCUGGCAGCUCUUUGGAGCUGGCUCACAUUUUCCCAAAAAAAGUUGAUCCCUCCCAGUGGGCUAUAGGCAGGGACCUCCGUGGGUUUCCAGUCCCCAUUACUGGCACCAGGUCUCCCACAGGGGCUGGUGGUGUCAUCACCUGCUGGCCCAACUACAGCCUGCGCGGGCCUGAGUGGCCCUGGCCAGGCUGAGACCUGUCGGGCCAUACUGACAAGCAGAGGUCAGCAACAGUUGUGGGGAUGAAACCCUAUCCCGGGACAUGGGUUUCCUGUUCUUGUACACUUCCCCUCUGGGAUCAGGUGAGGGGUCCAGACAGCUGGCCAGGGACUGGUCAAGACAGUCACGGGAGCUCUAGGUGGGCACAACCAACCCCUCUCCUGGGAGGUCCCUGCCCCACUGGGGAUAGGAGCCUGUGUCCCUGGUGCUAAACACUCUUCACCUGGGCCAUUGUUGGUGGGGGCUCCUUUCCUGCCAGGCCACAAGGCCAGAAGCAAUAAUGGCACCUCAGCAGUUCCAGUAUGGAUAGGGGUUCCUGUUUUACUAGCUUUUACAUCUCCUUUUUAUUUAAAAAAAUAUAUAUGCCCCCAGAUGUCAGAAUGAGGGGACUGGGGCACCAUCCUCACUUCCCAGGGCUGGGGGAAGGGGGCAGGAUCAUCCCCUCCCAAGGAGAUCUGUGGGGGACCCACUGUCCAUCUGGACUUCUCAGCCUGAGUUCUUCUCAGUUUGACUAGAACUCAGGCCUGGAGCCUGGGUCUACCAGGCUCCUUGGGGCUCUCUGGUCUCAGGCCAGCUGGGGAUGGGUGGCUAGAGUGACGAACUCAAGCCCUGUGGCCACAGUUCUGGGAGCCUUCAACCCUGGCUCAUGCUGCUGUAGUCUCCACGGUGCCCUUCACAGAGGGCUUGGUGGUGGCAGAAUGGCCAUGCCCAGGCGUGUGCUGAGACCACUGACAACUGCUCGUGUAUAGGCACCCCACAGCCCCAGAGUGUGGGGCACAGCAGGCAUGCGAGUGAGAAGAGUGAAGGGGAAUAAAGUCAGUACAACUCAUG